AUGGACAGCCGUGUCAUGGCUCUGGAUAUUUUCACUGGGGGGACCACCUUGGCUAAAGAACCAAAGGACUAUCACGGCAUGUUCGACCAUGCAUACUAUGUUGGCUGGUUCCAACGGCUUCUGGACGAGUUGGACGAGAUCCGUGUGUCCAACGCUCUCAUAGUAAUGGACAAUGCCAAGUACCACAAGGGGCGUCCUAGCAAUACACCACAGAGCCGACAUCGCAAGGAGGUGUUGAUCGCGGCAUGCACGAUGUACGGCAUCCCAGUGACUGGGAUAGAGUUCAAGAGUCUCUUGUGGGAGAAGUUAGCCGCGUACAUUGAGACCAACGUUCUGCCCGUUGUCAUGACAAUGGCGUCGGAGCGAGGCCACACCGUUGUGUAUACCCCCCCUCACCACUCCAACCUGCAACCGAUUGAAAUGAUUUGGGCACUCGUGAAGGGUGACGUUGGUCGACAAUACACCGACAUGACGAAGUUCCCCGAGGUGAAAACUCGAUUAGUUGCUGCGUUUGCAAAGUUGACGCCUCAUGCUAUCCAGGGUUGUGUGAAAGUCGCAGAAGGUUCACUGCAUAUGCUUCACGAGCAUUUACAACAAAUUGAUCGGCUGGAGUCCGACGAGGAGUCCUCGGCGGGGAGCGAAAGCGACGAUGGUGGCAGUGAUAGUGAUUAG